AUGGAGGCUUACGAGGAGAAUGUCUGCAAUGCUGAUUGUCUCAUCAGCAAUGUUGUGGCAAAGUGGCCUGGCUCAGUCCAUGACUCCCAAGUCUUUUGGACCUCUGGAAUCUAUCAGCACCUAUCACAAGGUGAAUUCUCUGGUGUGUUGCUGGGGGACAGGGGGUAUGCCUGCCAGCCUUUUCUCCUGACACUAUUCACAGACCCCCAGGAAGCACAGCAGGCCUACAAUCAUGCCCAUGCCAGGACAAGGGCCAGGAUUGAAAUGACCUUUGGCCUCCUGAAGGCAUGCUUUCACUGUCUUCAAGACUUAAGGGUCAGCCCUUUGAGGGCAUGUGGCAUCACUGUGGCCUGUGCUGUCCUCCACAAUGUGGCCUGCCUGAGGAAGGAGAGGGCCCCCAGAGUGCCAUCACACAUUGACUAGGACAAACCUGCC